AUUGAUUGAUCAUGUAUGGCAUCGAUUCAGUCUGAGCAGGCGGCGCUGGGAAGCCGCUCCGCCGAGCGCCGCGUGGCGGGGGCGCUGCCGAGGGCGAGGCGGCCCCGUCGGGCCGGAGGAAGUGCUCGCUUGGCCUCCCCUGGAAGUGAGGCGCGCCAGGCCGGCGCCGAGCUGCGCGGGCGGGCGGGCCGGGCGGCGGCGGCGGCUCCCCGGCGCACCAUGUCCCGGCGCGGCGAGGGCGGAGGCCCGAAGCGGCACCGGAGCCGCAGCGAGUCGUCGUCGUUGGCCGGCGGCAGCCCCGCCGGCUCCAGCAGCCGAGGCCACGAGCGGAAGGAGCAGAAGAGGAAGAAGCGGGAAGUGCAGCAGAUCCAGCAGAUCCAGCACCUGGAGUCCUUCUAUGAGAAACUUCCUCCAGGGUUUAUUAAGGAAGAUGAGACUAAACCGGAGGACUGCAUUCCUGACGUACCUGGCAAUGAAAAUGCCCGAGAAUUCCUUGCCCACGCCCCAACAAAAGGGCUUUGGAUGCCAUUGGGGAAGGAGGUCAAAGUUAUGCAAUGCUGGAGAUGUAAACGUUAUGGACACAGAACGGGAGACAAAGAAUGCCCAUUCUUUAUUAAAGGCAACCAGAAGCUAGAACAAUUCAGAGUAGCACACGAAGACCCCAUGUAUGAUAUUAUAAGGGAAAAUAAACGCCAUGAGAAGGAAAUGCGGAUACAACAGUUGAAGCAGCUGCUAGAGGAUUCCACUUCGGAUGAAGAAGGCAGUAGUAGCAGCAGCAGCAGCAGCUCCAGCUCUUCAGGAUAUAAAGGAAAACACAAGAGAAAGAGGAAGAGGAAAGAAAAGAAGAAGAAGAAGAGAAAGCACAAGUCUUCUAAACCAAGCAAGAGGUCCAAAGUGCAUUGAGGAGACUUAUGGCAAGCUUGCAAUACCUUGCGAAGCAUUCGGAGAACAAUUCUCUGCAAAGGGCGUGUUUUAGGUGCUCCUUGGUGUCAUUUUGUGAGUCGUCCUAUCAGGUCUCCCCCACUGUCCCUCCACAUUGCAUUUUUCUCCUUGUUCGGGUUUGACAGAGUUUGGUACUUUGAGCACAGAGGGUUGCGCCUGAGAUACAGAGCCUCUGGUGUCUUAAGUGUUUUUCUCUCCAUCCUUUGCAACUUUCCUUUUUGGCAGUUCUUGGGCCCUGCUGCCCCCCCCCCCAAUUUCUUUUUAGCCUCCUGAGAGGUCAAAAAUUAAAUUAGAAUUUUCAGGCAGGGGGAAGCUGCCAGUGGAGAAGCUAGGCACAUAGCUCCCAAGGCGUAGAGAAGCGCCCCGUGGUAUUUCUUGGAGAAUAUGGAGAAAGGGAUUCCUUUAGUGGCAUGAAAACAAGGCCUCUGUGGUCCUGCACAGCCAAUACCUGGGCUUUGUUGAAGGAAGACUAACAAGGAAUGCCUCUGGGAAAAAUCGAGAGAACUACAAAGGAACUUGGUGUGACCUUCACUCCAAUUGCCUGUACAGUAGUCGACUUUUUAUUAUUGUACAGAACAGUGUGAUUAAACACAGAUCACAGUA